CAUACGAAACAGAAACGGACGAGGAAGCCUAAUGUCAGCGAAACUGUGCCUGACACAUGCCUCGCAGGUUUCCGAAUCCGGUAUGCCUUGUCAUCCUGUGCAGGCAGAGACGUUUAGUUCAUUUAGUCUGCUUUGUUGUUGUUUUUUCUAAUCAAUGGGUAUUAAAUCCUCUUUUUUUCCCCUUUAUUUGGUUAGUUGGAGUUUGAUAAGAGAAGGAGAGACUCAGUAAGAAAGAGUCCGGCACACUUGCGUGUUUAACUUGCCUUCUUAUCUCCCCACAUCUCUCUGUGCGGUGAAUCUGGGGGAUCCACUGCGAAAGCACGCGUGACACCAGCGGCGUCUCUCAGACACGGCCGCGCUGCGCGCAACUCGAGGCAGGGCCGACUGUCUCACGCAGAACUGGUUUUCGCGGUGAAAGGUCUUUGACCUUUAGUGUUUGUCCUUUCGGCUGUGUCCCAGAACACACAAUGGACGACGACCUGCACUAUGUCUUCGGCCCCGGUAACAUACUGCUCUAUGGGCGGCCCGGCGUUGGUACGUUCUCUCUCUAGCGACUGCAUGCUGGGUGACGAGCCGGAAUGGCAGAGACGACUGUGCCCUCCCCGAUUAUGAAAAUGCAGAUAUUACUCCAUCAUUACUUUGUCUUUAUUCCAAUACACUUUAAUCCUUUGUGAUGGCCAGUUUUUCUGUAGGAGAGGUUAAUAGUACGUUUUCUUGCUGAACGGAUCCCAGCGCUUCUAAGAGGGUUUUUUUUUCUUUUCCUGUCAACGGUACAGACCCACAGUGAUUUUAAGCGAUAACAAGGCUUUCAGUAUGAUUGUCUCAAGCCUUUGUCUUGAGUCAAAGAAAAAUAAAACAUCAAAAGGCCAGAACCAUGCUAAGUUCUCUUUAUCUCCUUAAACUCUUCUUUUGUUCGACAGUGCUUACAGAGAGAACUCUAAAGAAAUAAAUAAACAGAAAAAUAUUUUAAAAAGUUAAAGCAUAUGAUUUUGGUUAAGGUUAAAAUGAACCAUUGUCUCUGGUUAUCUGAUAACGUCUUUAGAUUUUAUGUAGAAUCAGAGCAUUUCGCUGUGUUCUUGUGUCAGAGAGUGAAUUAUAAACACUGGAUAGUAUGGCAGCACCCAGGCACCCAAUCAGGUGGUUUUAUGUCAGUAUCUCAGCCAAUUGGAGACACGGAGCUCAGGCAGUGCAGCAGAAAGAGGCCUGUUCUGGAAAAUUACACAACCAUCUUUGAUUCACAAGCACAGGUCACCAAAUGGAAAAUACAUCAUCUUUGUACUUUAAGAGAAGUUUGGCUGAGGAGGAGAUUAAGACAGAGUCCGAUGUAGGUGAAGGGAUGGAGGUAUCAAUACCACCUAAGGUCCCUGAUCUAGGAUCAGCAGAGUCUGCGCUGGCUGCUCAAAAGCGGAAGGCCCCCAGCCCACCUCACUCCUCGAAUGGACACUCACCUUCUGACACGUCUCCCAGUGCCAUCAAGAAGAAAAAGAAACCCGGAUUAGUCACCAACAACAACAAAGACCAGUGUGAGCUAAGACAUGGUCCCUUUUACUAUGCCAAGCAGCCAGCACUCACCACAGACCCUGUUGAUGUUGUGCCGCAGGACGGGAGGAACGACUUCUACUGCUGGGUGUGCCACCGCGAGGGCCAGGUGCUCUGCUGUGAGCUCUGCCCGCGCGUCUACCACGCCAAGUGCCUCAAACUGGCCGCAGAGCCCGAGGGCGACUGGUUCUGUCCUGAGUGUGAGAAAAUAACUGUAGCAGAGUGCAUUGAGACGCAGAGCAAAGCCAUGACCAUGCUGAACCUGGAACAGCUGUCCUACCUGUUGAAGUUCGCGCUGCAGAAAAUAAAGCAGCCCGGGACGGAGCCCUUCCAGAAGCCUGUAUCUCUGGAGCAGCAUCCAGACUAUGCAGAGUACAUCUUCCAUCCCAUGGACCUUUGCACCUUAGAGAAGAAUAUCAAGAAGAAGAUGUACGGGUGCACAGAGGCCUUUUUGGCCGAUGUGAAAUGGAUCCUGCACAACUGUAUUAUCUACAACGGAGGGAAUCAUAAACUGACCGCAACAGCAAAAGUUAUUGUCAAGAUCUGUGAGCAUGAAAUGAAUGAAAUUGAAGUUUGUCCGGAGUGCUACCUGUCAGCUUGCCAAAAGAGGGACAACUGGUUCUGUGAACCCUGUUCCCAGCCCCAUCCACUGGUGUGGGCUAAACUGAAAGGUUUCCCUUUCUGGCCUGCUAAAGCCCUGCGGGAUAAAGAUGGCCAGGUGGACGCUCGCUUCUUUGGCCAGCAUGACAGAGCUUGGGUGCCGAUUAAUAACUGCUACCUGAUGUCAAAAGAGAUCCCCUUUUCCGUAAAGAAGACGAAAAGCAUCUUCAACAGCGCCAUGCAAGAGAUGGAAGUCUAUGUGGAAAACGUGCGCAAGAAAUAUGGAAUUUUCAACUAUGCCCCGUUCAGAACGCCCUACACGCCCAACAACCAGUUUCAGAUGCUCCUGGACCCAGGCAACCCCAGGAAGGGCACGGCUAUGCAGGACAAGCAGGAGAAAAUCAAGUUCAACUUCGACAUGACCGCGUCUCCCAAAAUGCUCCUCGGCAAGAGUAUGAUGCCUGCAGGGGCGGGACGUCGGAUCUCUUUGACGGACAUGCCCAGGUCUCCGAUGAGCACCAACUCCUCGGUGCACACGGGGUCGGACCUCGAGCAGGAGGCUUCGGAGCGAGGAACAAGAAUGCCUUCUAGUCACUACAGCGCGGGAGAAGAUUCGAUGGACUUCACAGCUUCCCCUGGAUCUCUGAAGACCUCAGGCAGCCCCAAGCCCUUCGUGCCAGUAGCUGUUAAACAGGAACGGAGUCAGGCCACUGGCAGCAUCCUCAACCUCAAUCUUGACCGUGUCAAAGCAGAGAUGGACCUGAAGGAACUGAGCGAGAGCGUACAGCAGCAGCAGUCGCAGCAGCAAGGGGCUUCCAUGCUGCUCACCUCACCCAAGAAACCCACCAGGAGCCUGGACAAGACCAUCGAGAGCUGCAAGGCCCAGCUAGGCAUUCAUGAGAUCUCAGAAGACGUGUACAGGGGCGUGGAGCACAGCGACUCGGACGACUCGGACAAGUCCGACUCCAGCGACAGUGAGGACGCCAGCGAAGAGGAGCAUGGCCCGAAGAACGGCAACCACGACAACGGCGUCCAUAAAGAAUCCAAAAAGAGGCCCAGGUCUCUGUCCUCUCAGCCGCAGGAUGGCAAGGGCCUGUCUCUGGUCGCGGCAGACAAGGCAGCCUCCGAACCACCGGCGAAAAAGAAGCAACCCACUGGCAUGCUGGAGAAGGAGUCCCAGGAGAAGGCCAGGACAAGCCCACAGCAGCAGCCCCAGAGAGAGAGGCUCUCUGCUGGGCAGGAGGUCAAGGCCGCCGGGGACCUGGAAGGAGACUCGGACUCUGACAGGGAGCUGGUGAUCGAUCUCGGUGAGGACCACGGAGGACGAGAGAGGAAGAAACCAAAGGCACCAUCGGCUCUGAGCUCUGCAGCCAAAGACCCGGUGGCCAUCAAACCUGAAGGAAAAGCUGCCAGCGCGUCUGUCUCUUCAUUCCCAGCUCUCUCCUCCUCGCCUUCCAAUCCCAGCGCGAAGGACUCGGCCCAGCCUGUCAUCAAGCCUCCAAACAGCACGCCCGUCCAGCCGUCCACCUCCACCAACGCAACCCCCGAUGCUGCCCCAUCAGGCGUGCCAGUGGCCCCUUCCACAACCACCCCUAACUCCGCCCCACCCUCCUCUGCUGUGAAGAAACAGCGCCCUCUGCUGCCCAAGGAGGCGGCGCAGCCUGGCCAGCCGACCGUGGUUUGGACCCAGGCCGGGAGCAAGUUCCAGACAUCGUCUCAGAAGUGGCAUCUGCAGAAGGUCCAGAGACAGCAGCAGCAGGGUGGACAGUCCGCCUCCCAGCCUCAAACCCAGCCCCAGAGCCCAGCGGCACCUGGCAACUCUAGCACCCGCUACCAGACCAGGCAAUCUGUGAAAGCCGUCCAGCAGAAAGACCCCUCAUCUGGUUCCUCCAACUCCGCCCUGGCUGGAGACUUCCUCGCCCCACCUGCCUCUGCGGACGUAGCCGCUGAUAUAGCCAAGUACACCUCAAAAAUGAUGGAUGCAAUUAAAGGAACAAUGACCGAGAUCUACAACGACCUUUCGAAAAGCACAACAGGAAACACUAUUGCUGAGAUCCGAAGGUUACGGAUCGAGAUUGAGAAGCUACAGUGGCUACAUCAGCAAGAGCUUUCGGAAAUGAAACAUAAUUUGGAGCUGACCAUGGCGGAGAUGAGGCAGAGUCUGGAACAGGAACGAGAGCGGCUGGUGUCAGAGGUGAGAAAGCAGAUGGAGGGAGAGAAGCAGCAGGCUGUGGAUGAGACCAAGAAGAAGCAGUGGUGCGCCAACUGCAAGAAGGAAGCCAUUUUCUACUGCUGCUGGAACACCAGCUACUGCGACUACCCCUGCCAGCAGGCCCACUGGCCCGAACACAUGAAGUCCUGCACACAGUCAGCCACGGCUUCUCACCAAGAACCAGAGGAGGACGCGUCUACAGCUCCAGCUGCCAAGCACACGGGCCAGUCGCCGAAACCUCAGCUUUCCCCCCCAGGCAGCGUGCCCACGCACAAAACCCCCUCCCCGACAGCGGACAACACCAGGGCCAGCGCCGCCGUCUCAGUCUCCUAACCAGAGCACUACACGCGUUAUUAUUACAUCUCUUCUGCGGAGUUCCUCAAAAGGUUACGGGCUUGAUAGCCGGGGUGGAACCAAGGGUCAUUCUGGAUCGGGGUCUUGUUUCUUUUCUCACCCUCUUUUCAAAGUUCUGGUUACAAAGACAUUUGAAAUCUACACUCCUUUCAAGCCUAGUUCACUACAGUUGAGGCAGUUGAGGACAUAAGAUGGUGCUUGAUGUUGUUUGUGGUUUUUUUUGUGUACAUUAUUGACUGUCAUUUAAUGUUUGUUUUUUUUUUAAUCUACACAUGAUUUUGUACAAAGGCCGAAACAAACUUUCAUAUGAAAUAUGCAAAGAUAAUACUGUUUUUGUACACACAGGUGAGUUUUGUAUAGUGCAAAAGUAAAUGAAUUUGUCUGCUCAGUCAUUUUUUUCUUUAAUGUGAUCCCUGCACUUAUAGGUACCUCUGGAAAUUUGGAGAUUACUUUAUACUAUGAGGUUUUGGCAUUUGUGAACAUGUUGUGGGUUUACUCAUUCACAGCCUGUUAUGAAAUUCUUGUUAGUUCAUGUUUUUUGUCACUACAUCUCCCAGGAAGACUCUUUAAAACUCUACAUAGCCUUCUUAGUGAUACAAAUGAUCAAGAAUGUUUGUGUGACUUAAAGCUGAGGAAUAACUGAGCUAUUAAGGACAUAUUUCAUUUCAACUUUUAUGUUUUUAUGUCUUGCCACUCCUUGUUUACAUAUUGUAAAUAACAAAAAAGAACGCCGCUAUCUGUAAGAAAAAUUAAAUCAACUUUCCUCUGAAUUUUUUAAA